AUGGCGUCCUUGUGUUUCGUGCUCCUCCUGUCCGGCCUCUGCGUUCAGUCGUCUGUGGCCUUCCCUCCGACGCUUCACACGCGGCAUGCUGCUUCGCUUCAGACCCCCGAGCUCACGAAGAGCCAGAGCUCCCAGCUCACUGGGCCCGAGCAUUCGAAGGCUCCAGCUGAGGAACCAGAGCAGGUGAGCACCGUCCGAGUGACCUGCCACCCGGACUCAAUGGAGAUCACCAUCCAAGCCGACCUGUUUGGAGUCGGAGCUCCUGUUCAAGGGCACGAGUUGCGCCUCGGGGUAGAGAACAAUGCCUACUGUAGAGCUGUGGGCAUUUCACGAGAAGAGUACAGGAUUUUUGUCGGCCUCAUGGACUGCGGCACCAAACACUGGAUGACUGACGACAACCUGGUCUACACAAACCUCCUCAUAUACUCCCCCGAGGCCUCUCCGGACGGGCUGAUUCGGAUGGAGGAUGCUGUCGUUCCGAUUGAGUGUCACUAUGACAGGAAGUACAGUUUGUCCAGUUCCUCCCUCACACCGACCUGGAUCCCCUUCAUGUCGACACAAGCUGCAGUGGAGACCCUGGACUUCAACCUGAGAAUCAUGACCAAUGACUGGCUUUAUGAAAGGGGCUCUAACGUGUUUUUCCUCGGCGAGCCCAUCAGCAUCGAGGCCUCGGUCCGAGCUGGACAUCACAUGGGGCUGCGUGUGUUUGUGAGCAGCUGUGUUGCUACACUUGACCCGGACAUUUACUCCAUGCCCAGAUACGUCUUCGUUAAUAACGGUUGCCUGGUUGACUCCCAGCUUCCUGAUUCGAGGUCUCACUUCUUACCCAGGAUGCAAGAUGACAAGCUCCGCAUGGUCAUUGAUGCCUUUAGGUUUCAAAAUGAGGACAGAGGAGAGCUCUACGUCACCUGUCACCUGAAUGUCGUACCGGUCAAUGACGCAGAAGCGCUGAAUAAGGCCUGCACUCUUAUAAACGGAAGAUGGCGCUCAGUUGACAGUAAUGACUUCCUAUGUGGACAAUGUCAAACCCCAAAUGAAGCUGGCCAAACCCUCGGUAAGCCGAGCAGCCCCGGCAAGUAUAGUCCCCGUGGGUUUGGGAAGCCAACUGAACCUAAACCCUCAUGGAGAAGUCCACUGAAGGCCAAUAUAGUGUGGGAACAGGAGGCAAGUGUGGGUCCAAUGCUGGUCUUACCUGCUAAACCCAGGAGUGGGCCUCUCCCUGUGGAAGAUCUCCCUCCUGUUCUCAAUCAAAUCAGCAGACCUUCCCUCUACAGCAGCCGGUGGAGGGGUGGAGUGACCGACAGAAGAGUUGAUCUGAAGCCGCUCCGUGGUCCAUCUACACCAGACCUGGUGGAGGAAGGAGAAGACAAAAUUGGAACAGAUGGAGAUGAAGAAAAUGAGAUGGCACCUCUAGAAAGGAUUGCUCCUGAGAUCACGAUGAAAUCAAACGGUGCAGCGAUGGACAACGUCUCCACAACAGACUCCACUGACGUCCCCCCCACCGCUCUGAUUAAACUGGAAGUGACUCUGUCCAAUGCAACUGCUACAGAAUCUGACACGAAUUACCCAAAGAGAAAAUAA